AAUCUAUCACUCCUUUGUUUCCCGAUUUGCGUUCAUCUUGAAAAAAAUGGGAAGGUUAAUAUGGUUUUCCCAAAUCCUCUGCCUUUCCUUCAUGUUGUUACAGUUUCGAGUCCAAAGCUCCUCACAUUCUCAAUCUUCUCUUGUUUCACCGCCACAUUUGUGCCUUCCUGAAGAGCGUUCUGCAUUGCUUCAUUUCAAAAGCACUACUGAUUUGGCGGUAUACUGUAUUGGUGGUCCUCGUCCUAUAAUACAAACUUGGAACGAGAAUUCAGGAUAUAUGGAUGGCUCUCUCCUGUUUGAUGAGAUCUUCUUGCUAUUGAAAUUGGUUUCUCUCGAUCUCUCUGGUACUUAUGGUUUGCUUCUUGACAACAUGAGGUUUCAAAUGCUUGUGCAUAACUUAACAGAAUUAAGUUUUGAUGGUGAAAUUCCUACAUCAAUCUUCAACCUCACCCAUCUUACUCAUUUGAUACUGUCAUCAAAUAAGCUAAUAGGGCCUCUUCCUCACAAUAUAAGUGGACUCUCAUUUUUAUAUGAGUUUCAAAUGGAUAAUAAUUUCAUCACAGGUCGUGUACCAUCUUGGUUGUUUUCUCUGCCUUCUUUAUCAUAUUUAGACCUCCGGAACAACAGACUUACUGGAUCUAUUGAUCGUGUUGAGAUGCCUAAUCUCAAUUUACAAGAAGUCUAUCUGUCCAAUAAUGAGAUAAGUGGUUCAUUUCCUAGCUCUUUCUUUCAUCUUGUGGGUCUUGGUAGAGUCCACCUUUCUUCAAAUAAUUUAAGUGGCACCAUUACAGCCAACAUGCUUUCAAAACUUGUAAACCUUUGGGAUCUGGAUCUUUCCAAUAAUAGUUUGCUGUCCUUGAGCAAUAAUGGCACUAGUGUCAACUAUUCCUUUCCAAAGCUUGAGCGUUUUAUAUUAUCUUCUUGCAACAUACACAAGUUCCCAAGUUUCUUAAGGAAGGCAGAGGCUUUGCUGAUAUUGGAUAUUUCCAAGAACAAGAUUUCUGGUCAAAUUCACAAAUGGGAAAUAGAAGGGCUGUCAUUGACCACAUUAAACCUUUCUUAUAACUUCUUGACUGGCAUAGAUUCAUUUGGUUUUGGAAAUCUUUUAACUGUUGACCUCAGAUCCAACUUACUACAAGGAUCACUUCCCAUUCUAACAGCAACUUUGGAUGCUGGUAUAAUACAACUCUUCAUUUCAGGGAAUAAUUUCACCCGCGGAAUCCCUUCUGCCUAUUGCUAUUUGAUUGAUCUUGAAAUUCUAGACUUAGCUAAUAAUAGUUUGGUAGGAAAAAUCCCAAAAUGUCUUGGAAACAUUAGAUAUCUCAACAUCUUGGAUUUGCAGAUGAAUAAGUUUCAUGGUAUAAUACCAAAUUCUUUUGUCAAAUGGAGUGAACUGAGAACUCUUAACCUAAAUGGCAACCAGAUGGAAGGGAGACUGCCAUCAUCUUUGGUAAAUUGCAGUUACUUGGAAGUUCUAGAUGUUGGGAACAACUACUUGAAUGACACCUUUCCACAUUGGUUGGGUGUUCUUCCAUCGCUAAAAGUUCUCAUCCUUCAAUCUAAUCGAUUUCAUGGUGCCAUUAACAACUCUAUGCCUGCAUUUUACUUCUCUAAGUUGAGAGUCAUUGAUGUCUCACAUAAUGACUUCACGGGUCUCCUACCAAGUAAGUAUUUCAAAAAUUUGACAGAUAAGAGAGAUGCACAUGAAGAUGAAGCCAAUGUGGAAUAUCUUGGUAUACAUGACCUAAACCAGCCGUCAGAGUAUAGAAUGUACUAUGAUGAUUCUGUGAGAAUAAUAAUGAAAGGUUCAGAGGUGGAGCUGAAGAAAAUCCUGACAACUUUCUCAACUAUUGAUUUUUCAAGUAAUAGAUUCCAUGGACACAUUCCGAAAGAGCUGGGAGAACUCAAUUCACUUCACUUGCUAAACUUGUCUCACAACAGUCUCACUGGUCAAAUUCCAUCAUCUUUGGGCAAAAUGACAGAACUUGAAUCACUAGAUCUCUCAUCAAACAAGCUUGAUGGUAGGAUUCCUGAGGAGUUGACAAGUUUGACAUUUCUUUCAGUUUUGAACCUUUCACACAACAAACUUGAAGGUGAGGUUCCUCAAGGUAAGCAGUUCAAUACUUUCUCAAAUGAUUCCUACAUUGGGAACUCUGGGUUGUGUGGAUUCCCAUUGACAAAGAAAUGCCACGAGGAGGAAGAACCAGGAGCACCUCCAUCAAAAUUUGAUGAAGAAGAUGACUCUGCAGCACUCUUUGAGUGGAAGUUUGCAUUGGCGGGCUGUGGGUGUGGACUGGUAUUGGGACUUAGUCUGGGAUAUAUCGUGUUCACAACAGGGAAACCAUGGUGGGUGGUGAAGAAGGUGGAGAAAUAUCAAGAGAAAUUUGUUGGAAGAUGGAUCUGCAGGCGGUAUAUUCUACAUGCAUCCUACAAUUACGAGUCCAUGAAGGAUGGAACUAAAGAUGACCCUAAGACACAUCCUCAGAGGAGACACUCAGGCACUUUUGGUGCUACUGCAGAAGAGAUAUCAAGACACCAGCUGCUUGUUCUUGGGAUGCUUGUCAAUUGUCCGGUUGAAGUUCCUCUUGCUUUGAAUCAACAAAAGAGUCUCUAUUGCCUGGGUCUAGCUAUUCAUGCGCUUCAGAAAGGAAUUCUUGAGUGUGGAAAUGGGGGCUCUGCUGGUAUACCUACUGAGUCCUUCUAUAGAUUACUAUUACUAGUUCUUGUAUAAACCUGCUGUCUUUCCAUAAUGCUGUAUCUUCUUAGGCCAACAAACAUAAUCUAUUUCCCCUAUCAGGGGAUACUUUGAACAUUUUGUUUUGAUAUUGUAAAUAAACAUGACUGAUUUUUCCUAUAUGGUUGCAACUUUUGGCCUUGUGGGAGAAUAUAGGUGCUAUUUCUAUGCCUUUGAUUUUAGUCAGGGUUGAGUAAACCAUGUCUGUGAUUUGCUACGCUGCAUAUGUUUGAUGCAUUAUCCUUUAUAUAAAAGUCAAAACCAAUAUUCUUCACUGCAGAAUACGUAAACCUUUUUUUGAACACAUCAAAUGCAGGUUUGGAAGAUGAGAACCAGACCGAUUGGCAGAUGUGAUUACAUUGUUCUCUCUCCAAUAAGAGAAAUUAAGAGAGUUUUAUUAAUCAAAUAAUUUUUUCUUUCCAUCCCAUCUCUGAUGAUGUAGUCUGCUUAAUGGUGGUUUAUUGGAUUGUGUGUUGAAGCAGCAGUCACUACUGGCAUAAUGCUUCUCCGAUCCAUUGGGGAAUUCCGAGUGAUUCCUCAAGCCAAAUCUUUAAUUUGUAUCCAUUGGGUAUAGACGUUCACAUGGUCGAAUCAAUUUCUCUUAAAUAGAAUGCCUUGUAUUUU